UCCGACUGGAUUUGUCUGUAAGAAAAAAAGUCAUAUACACCUAGGAUGCCUUGAGGGUGAGUAAACACUUUAAUGUUAAGGUUAAGGUAUACUUUAUUGUCCCUGAGGGCAAUUUGUCUUCGGGUCAAAAAACCAACCACUUCAUCACAUAAAACAAAAAAAAAAAUAAAAAAGCCACAAUACAAAGCACAGUAACACAUUCCAUAAAAAAGGAAAAAAAUAAUAAAUAAUAAAUUAGGCUAUAAUAAUAAUAAAUAGGGGAAUUUCAAGGGCCCUGAACAGAGAGGGGGCCGAUGCAAACAACCCCCUAGAACGUGAUUUCUACAGUGAGGGGCCAAUAUGUUGUUCAGGGGGGCCAGAAAGUGUUUGUGUGAGUGAGUAAUAUACUUUUUCCUGCUCCUCCCAAUGCUCAGCUCAUUUCCUCUCUUAUCGUUGAUAAAGGUCUACCCCAAAAAAGUGCUUUUGCACAGCAGACUUCUCUGAUUUAUUGAAUUAGAAUCAGAAGUUCAGGCGACGUUCACUGCAUACCAGUUUUUUUCCACACUUUGUUUUGUUUCUUGGAACUGGGAUUUUCCAGAAGAAUGAAAUGAAUAAAGCUUAAUGGCAAGUGUCCUGGAGUGUUGGGCUGGCGUUGGUGUACAUUCUUAAGUAAAAGGGAACUGAUACACAUUCAGUAACAGAAAUUUGCAAGACUCGGAGCUGAUUCGAAACCAUGGAUGUAUUAAACCCAGAGGACGACAGCUAUGAGGACUAUUAUAAUUCAGAAGGACUUGAGGAAUUUGGGCCCUGCAAGAAGACACAUGUAAAGGAAUUCAGCCAUGUGUUUCUACCUGUGUUCUAUUCCAUUACCUGUGUGUUGAGCAUUAUUGCUAAUUUUACUCUUCUAACAUUGUUCAUCAAAUACAAAACUCUGAGGAAGGUGUUGCCUCUGCACAUGGUCAUAUCAGAUAUUCUUUUCACACUGAGCCUUCCCUUCUGGGCAGUGUAUGCCAGCAGCGAGUGGAUCUUUGGUGAUCAAAGCUGUAAGGCAAUCUCAUUGGUUUACAUGCAUCUUCAACAGACCAAAGAGGAAUACUGUUAUGUGCGCUUUGGUCUGGCUUUUCUCAAUUUUGGCAGCAGCUGCUCAUGUCAGCUUUGUCGAGACUCAAAAGUUCCACGAAGAGUUAAUUUGCACUUAUCACUUCAACGAUAA